GUGCCUGUGACGUCAGGGGCGGGGCGUAGAGGGAGGGACGGGAGUGGGAAGGCCGCUCCGUCGCCCCGAGGAGGGGAACGGGGAUCAAGAUGGUCUACAUCGCGAACGGACAAGUGUUGGACAGCAGGAGUCAGUCCCCAUGGAGAUUAUCUUUGAUAACAGAUUUCUUCUGGGGAAUAGCUGAGUUCGUGGUUUUGUUUUUCAGAACUCUGCUUCAGCAAGAUGUGAAAAAGGGAAGAGGCUACGGAAACUCAUCUGAUUCCAGAUACGAUGAUGGAAGAGGGCCCCCAGGAAACCCUCCCAGAAGAAUGGGUCGAAUUAAUCAUCUGCGUGGCCCCAGUCCUCCUCCAAUGGCUGGUGGAUGAGGAAGGUAA